CCUCGCCAUGGGACCUGGGAAGAUCGUGUUUUUCAUAGCAUUAUUAUCCUGUUUAACAGGAAUAAAUGGACAGUUCGACUGCAAUUUUGAAUCCAAUUUUUGCGGGUGGACACAAUUAAAGGAUGACGUUUUUGAUUGGAUAAGGUAUCGUGGAGACACACCUACGGGCACGACAGGUCCAUCGGUUGACCACACAUUAGGAAAUAGUGCAGGCUAUUACAUCUAUAUAGAAGCUUCGUCGCCUCGUAUUCCACAGGAUGCCGCCCGGUUGCUCAGUCCGGACGUAACCCUAAGUCAGGGUAGCGUGAAAUGCGUGAGGUUCUGGCACCAUAGUUAUGGUUCUAACAUAGGGACACUCAAUAUGUACGUUUCAUCUGACGGUACAAACGCAAAUCUUGGGUCACCCGUGUUUGCGUUUACCGGAACUCAGGGUGACAACUGGAUUCUGGGACAAGUAGACCUUGAUGAAGCUACGUAUGGCAGUCAGUUCAAAGUGGUGUUCGAGGGACUUGUUGGCAACGGAAUCAACGGAGAUAUUGCUCUUGAUGAUGUGCAGAUAGGCUCAGGCUACUGUCCUCAGAUUGUUGUAACACCAGCUCCAAGCGAUGUUCCAUCUUUCGCCCAGUGUGAUUUUGAAGAUCCAAGUAUUUGUACGUUCGUACAAGACCAAUCAGACCAAUUUAAUUGGACCAGAGCAUCUGGAUCGACAGAUUCAGCUGGCACUGGCCCUACGUUUGACCACACAUACGGAACUUCACAAGGAUACUAUAUGUACAUCGAAACGUCAAGUCCAAGGACAAACGGAGACACCGCUCGCCUUCAGACGCCGUCUUAUCCAGCAACGAACGGCCAGUGCAUCGAGUGGUUCUACCACAUGUACGGAUCCUCAGUAAACACAUUGAAUGUGUAUAUAGUUGAUUCUACAGGUGCUAUCGGCACGGCUGCGUGGACAAAAACAGACGAUCAAGUCCCGAUUGAUCAGCUCUGGAUGGAUGGACUAUCCUCACAAAAUAUUGUUGAAAUAUUAAUCAUAUUUUGUCUAGGUGAUUGUGAUUUUGAAAGCAAUUUUUGCACUUGGAGCAAUGAAGCUGCUCAAGAUGAUUUUGAUUGGAUUCGCAAACAGCCGUCACUAACUUCAACGCCAAACAAUGAUCAUACGUUUGGAACUAGAUCUGGACACUAUCUCUAUCUGGACAUCUCAGGGCAGACUUUGAAUGAGAAAGCACAACUUAAUAGCCCGAUAUUCAGUGCUCUUGCCAACACAGCACGAUGUUUCUCAUUCUGGUACAACAUGCAAGGGCGCAAUGCUGGCACACUGACCAUUGUCCAAAACAUCAUUGGUCAGAGAAAUGUAAAGUGGUCACUUACUGGUGACCAGGGCUCUAACUGGAACUUUGGACAAGUGUCUGUUCGUCAAGAUUAUGCCUACAGUGUUUUGAUUGAAGGCACAGUUGGUAGCAGUACUACGUUAUCUGAUAUAGCUGUGGAUGAUAUCCAUUUUGGAACCACUUCUUGUGUUGGCAAGCCAAACAAUGCUGUACCACUACCGACCUUUGCUCCGACAAGCGUCAUCCCCACCACAGCAAAUAUUGUCAUCCCAUCUGGUCCAGGAAAUUGUGACUUUGAAGCUGGAUUUUGUAGCUACACCCAAGAUCCAACAGAUGAUUUUGAUUGGACGAGAGCAAAGGGAGCAACAGCCACUCGUAAUACUGGACCAUCUUAUGAUCACACACGUGGCUCAUCUGGAAGUGGGUCAUACCUGUAUAUUGAGGCUAACCGUGCAAGUUCAACGGACAAGGCCCGUAUCAUCAGUGCUGACAUCAGCCCUAGCGGGAGCGGUAUGUGUCUAAAAUUCUGGUACCACAUGCACGGCAGCGAUAUUGGUACGCUUAAUGUCUACGUACAAACCGGAGUUAACCUUGGAUCGCCUGUGUGGACUCGUUCUGCGACGCAGGGUGAUCAGUGGUUGACUGAGAGUAUAGGAAUUUCAACUGGAAAGCAAUAUAAUGUGGUAUUUGAAGCAGUAAGGGGAGGGGGCACCCAGUCUGAUAUUGCUAUUGAUGAUGUCAUCAUAGAAAGCAAGCAUUGCUCCGCAGUGACACCAAGUCCUGGCGCUUUUGGAGGGCAGUGUGAUUUUGAAUACGGCACUGCCUACUGUGGGUAUGAUCAAGAAAGCCAAUCUGACGAUUUUGAUUGGAAGCUGGGCAGUGGUACAACUUCCACAUUGAAUACCGGCCCAGGUACAGACCAUACAACUGGGACAGAUGCAGGCAAAUACAUGUUCAUCGCAUCAUCAGAACAAUCUCAGGGCAAGAAAGCUUGGCUGUAUACACACACCUUCCCAGCAUCUAACAGUCAGUGUUUAGAGUUCUACUUCCACAUGUAUGGCAGACAUGUUGGCUACUUGAACAUCUACCUCAUGAUGAACGGCAAGCUAAGUAAUCCAAUCUUUUCAAUGUAUGGUGACUUGGGCGACAUGUGGAAUGCUGCCGCAGUCUCGUUCACAGCAGCUUCAACCUAUCAGAUCUACUUUGAAGCAAUCGUUGCUGAUGGCCCUAAGGGUGAUAUUGCCAUUGAUGAUAUCGAUAACUACAUGGGGGCAUGUUCAUCCCAAGGAGAGUGUGACUUUGAGAACAAUGACUUAUGUACAUGGGUAAAUGCUAAGAGUGGAGAUGACUUUGACUGGACACUGGGCAAUGGAGGCACAGUUAGUGUAGGAACUGGACCUAGUGUUGACCACACAAAAGGCACUGCACAAGGUGUCUAUCUGUUUGUUGAGGCAUCAUCACCAAGAAAAUCUGAUGAUACUGCUAAACUAUUCAGCCAGCCUUUCUCCCCGACAUCAUCAACUGGUCGAUGUCUCAAGUUCUGGUACCACAUGAAUGGUGCAGACAUUGGCAAACUACACGUGUACCAGAAGAUGCUGCCUGGAACCAGUGACGGACAGCUGAUCUGGAUCUAUGGAAAUGAUGAUGGGGAUCAGUGGUGGCAGGGGCAGGUGCCAAUCGUUAGCUCCUUCAACUACAUGGUGAUGUUUGAGGCUGUGAUUGCCUAUGGUUACCUUGGAGAUAUAGCCCUUGAUGACAUCACAUUCUUAGAUUCAACCUGUGGCAUCUUACCAGCUGGAGCUGUCCCACCCACACCUGGGACACCAAUUGUGACACCUACACCAGGCCCAACAUUUGCACCGCCAACUUUUGCUACCAGCCCUGUAGACUGUGACUUCGAAACUAACAUAUGUGCAUGGACUCAGAUUGUGAUUGAAGGGAUCAGAGGAAGUAACUUCUAUGGUGACAUUGCUAUUGAUGAUGUUCUUCUACUUGAUGGUGCCUGUCCUCCAAUUGUCGCUACUGCUGCUCCAACUGCCUUGCCAUUUUCUGCGACUUGUGAUUUCGAGUCUGAGCUCUUGUGUGGGUUCCGCCAGAGCACAGGAGACAUCUUUGACUGGACAAGAGGAUAUGGUGCAACUACCUCAACAGAUACUGGUCCAACUAACGAUCAUACUUAUGGAACUGGAUAUGGCCAUUACAUGUAUAUUGAAACAUCAACACCAAGAACCAAAGGAGACGUAGCUCAGCUGUACUCCCCAACCUACAAGGCAAGACAGGGUUUUGUCUGCCUCGAGUUCUGGUACCACAUGUAUGGGCCUAACAUUGGAUCUCUAAACAUCUACCAACAGAAGAACAGUAUACUGUCCUCUGUUCUUUGGUCAAAGUCUUCAAAUGAGGGUGAUAUCUGGAACAUAGAUCAACUGUCACUGACUGCUGAUUCAGACUUUGAGGUGGUGUUUGAAGGAAUCAUUGGAAAUGGUGCAAGAGGAGAUAUCGCAAUUGACGAUGUUACCAUCAGAGAGGGCGCUUGUCCAAAUCCAGGGUCAUGUGAUUUUGAGGAUGGUAUGUGUACUUGGGGAAAUGUUAAUGGCUACAGUUUUGAUUCAAUCGAGUGGAUCGAGGGGAGUGGUGCAACCGAUACAAUAUAUACCGGUCCAAGUCAGGACCACACUUCCGGUACCAAUGGAACAUACCUUUUUGUGGAUGCGACUGGCCGCUACCCCGGUGAUCGCGCAUACCUAAUGAGCAAGUCGUUUGACCCAACCACCAGCAAUGUCUGCUUCCAUUUCUGGUACCACAUGUACGGCGUUUCGGCUGGCAAACUCAUAGUUGAACUUGACUACUGGGAUGGCCAAGAUGUUACGCCAGACACACAAUGGGAGAUACAUGGUAACCAAGGAGAUCAGUGGAUGAUGGCUCAAGUGCCAAUUGUUUCCAAUCUGCAACAUAAGAUUGUCAUAAUAGCUGAAAUUGGCAAUGGUAACAGCGGUGACAUUGCUAUUGACGAUUUAGUACUUGAUGGACAGACCCCAUGCGCACUGGUUCCGCAGAUUGCAAUGCCUCCGACCCCCUUCCCAUCAGUCACCUACCCACCAGCAAACACUGCUACUACCCCAUCACCUGCUCCCAGCCUCAUUGACUGUGAUUUUGAAUCUGGUAUUUGUGGCUACAAUCAAUCGAAAGACGAUGAAUUUGAUUGGACAAGGAAAAAAGGGUCGACAGCAUCUAGUUCAACUGGUCCCACUAGUGAUCAUACAAGCGGAAAGGGUUUCUACAUUUACAUAGAGACAUCAUCGCCUCGUGUCCUUGGUGACAAAGCUCGCAUAUCCACACCGACAAUGUCUAUCACUUCACAGAUGUGUCUGAUGUUUUGGUACCACAUGUACGGCUCCACUGUCGACACUCUAAACGUAUACUUCCAGAAGUUUGGUCAGCUGGGCUCACCCGUGUGGACCAAAUCGCAGACACAAGGCAACAACUGGUAUGGAGCAUUUGUUGAUGUGCCUGAUGGCGGAUUUGAGGAGGUGGUUUUUGAAGGCAUUCGAGGGUCAAGCUAUUUUGGUGACAUCGCGCUAGACGACAUUGCUCUUGGCUAUGGUGAUUGUACCACAUAUACACUGCCCCCAGCAGCUGGGAAUUCAGACUGUACCUUCGAAAAAUCAGCAAUGUGUGGAUGGUCUAAUAUUAAUGGUGACAAGUUCGAUUGGAUUCGUCAGAGUGGUUCCACAUCCAGUACUGGCACAGGCCCUUCAAACGAUCACACGUACGGCACCAAUAAAGGCUUCUAUGUCUACAUUGAGACAUCUGCCCCACGUACUAAAGGUGACAAUGCUUUACUCCAAUCACCUCUCAACCGCCAAACCACCAGCGAAUGUCUGGAGUUCUACUAUCACAUGUAUGGUGCAAGUAUUGGCACGCUGAAUGUGUUCUUCAAGACAGCUAACGGUGGCAUGGGUACUCCGAUCUGGAGCCUUAGUACAGACCAGGGUAACAAGUGGCGUGGGGCUCGAGUAAAUGUCUUCACCACAGAAGACUUCCAGAUUGUAUUUGAAGGCAUUGUGGGAACCACUUUUACUGGCGAUAUUGCCGUUGAUGAUGUAAAAUUACUGGGCUACAGCUGUCCCGAUCCUGGCCAUUGUGACUUUGAAUCUGGUUUCUGUGCCUGGUCAAAUGAAGCAACUGAUGAUUUUGAUUGGAUGAGAGGAACUGGUGGUAUGCCCUCUAUCGGUACUGGACCAGACAUUGACCACACAACUGGAACAGAUAAAGGAAACUACAUGUUUAUUGACGCCAGUAGCACAGUGGAAAACACAACAGCACGUCUGACAAGUGAAUUGAUUCCAGCAACAGCUUCAAAUGGAAGGUGCUUCCACUUUUGGUAUCACAUGUAUGGCACAGACAUUGGCAGCUUACAGGUGAUACUGUCCGACGGGAAAACCGAAACCCUGCUAUGGGAGUUGUCAGGUAACCAGGGCAACCAGUGGUGGGAUGCUUCUCUUGGCGUUCAUUUUUCAAAACAAUUUAGGAUGAUCUUCGUGGGCAAUAGAGGAAGUGGAUACAGUGGUGACAUAGCUAUUGAUGAUGUCACAUUUACUGUCGGUGUUUGUGGCAGUCAUCCUCUCAAUGCCGUACAGCCUGGAUUCACCACUAAGGCCCCUACACAAGGGCCGAUAACGCAACCUGGUCCAACUCCACCUCCUGGCCCUGUGGACUGUAACUUUGAGAGUGGAGGAAUAUGCAAUACCUGGUCCCAGGCGAAGGAUGAUGAAUUUGAUUGGACUUUCACUACUGGCUCUACAUCAUCUACUGACACUGGUCCAGCCGUAGACCACACCCUUGGAACAGCGGCUGGUGGUUAUGUAUUCAUCGAAGCUUCUUCCCCAAGAGUUGAGAAUGAUACUGCCAGAAUCGAAAGUAACAUCCUUACACAAAAUGGUAACAUUGUAUGUGUCCAGUUUUGGUAUCAUAUGUAUGGUACGCAUGUUAACACCCUGAACCUGUACCAGAAGGUUGGCGGUGUGCUUGGUAGCCCAAUCUGGUCCCAGGUUGGUGAUAAAGGAAAUGUUUGGAAGAUCGGUCAAGUUAAUAUGAAGUCCACUCAGGACUUUCAGGUUGUAUUUGAGGGACUGCGCGGUACUGACUACCGUGGCGACAUUUCUCUAGAUGACAUCUCUACCUACGACGGUUACUGCAUAGCAGCGUACACCAACUUUUGCGACUUCGAAGAGCCCAUCAUCUGUGGUUAUACCCAAGAUAAUACUGAUGAUUUUGAUUGGAUAAGGAGACAAGGUGGCACGCCCUCAUCGAACACUGGGCCUACAGCUGAUCAUACUUAUAAAACAGCAGCAGGCAACUACAUGUAUAUCGAAUCCUCAACUCCAAGAUUGUCGAACGAGAUCGCUCGUCUCAUCAGUAAUGUUCACCAACCAACAUCAGGCCAAUGUCUGCAGUUCUACUUUCACAUGACAGGUCGGAAUGCAGGAACAUUCAGAGUGUACAAGAAAAGUGGAAACCAACUCGGCUCAGCAAUCUACACCAGCACAGGAGAUCAAGGCAGUUAUUGGCAUGUUGCACAGGUCACCAUCUCCUCCAUCGCUACAUUUCAGAUCGUUUUUGAAGGGGUCAUUGGUCCUAAUGCACCUACAUAUGAAAGCGACAUUGCCAUUGAUGAUGUCAGCCUUACCAACGGAGACUGCCCUCGUCCCGGAGACUGUAACUUCGAAACUGAUCUCUGCACAUGGCAAAAUGUCCACUUUGGCGAUGACUUCGAUUGGCUUAAGGGAACUGGUUUGACUGACAGCUCAUACACUGGUCCAGCAAAUGACCACACCCUGGGUACCGGUCUAGGGCAUUAUAUGUUUAUUGAGACUUCUUCUCCAAGAGUUCGUGGUGAUAAGGCGUGGCUAAGUAGUCAGAUGUUCCCACCUAUUCAAAGUCGAUGCAUUAACUUCUGGUAUCACAUGUUUGGUACUGGUAUAGGAACCUUGAAUGUGUACGUUGUGAACCCCUUCACACAAGAAAAGAGCAAUAUUUGGACUUUGAGUGGAGAUAGGGGCGAUCAGUGGUUCCUAGGAUCCACUACCUUCUCUUACACCGAUGGCUACUAUGUGAUGAUUUUUGAGGCCAUCAGAGGCUCUGACUAUUAUGGAGAUAUUGCUGUUGAUGAUAUUCAGUUCAGUACUUACACAUCAUGUGCAGUGAAUCCAUACGACUCCGUUCCACCAACCACGAUUCCACCAACAACAGUGAAGGCAACUGCAGCUCUUACGACUCCUUCAAAUCCUGGUGCUUACGACUGCAACUUUGAGUCAGAUUUUUGUUUAUGGACACAGGCUACUGACGAUAACUUUAACUGGCUGAGGGGAAGAGGUGUAACUACAAGCCCUCAAACUGGGCCACUUGUUGACCACACCUUAGAAACAGCUCAAGGAUGGUAUGUAUACAUUGAGGUGACUCCCCAAGCAGCUGGUGAUAAGGCAAGAUUGGAGGGACCUUCUCUGUCAGGUGGAGAAAAGUGCAUUCGAUUCUGGCAUCAUAUGUAUGGACAGCAAGUUGAUACCUUGAAUGUGUACAUCAAGACAGGAGGAAGUCUAGGCCCAGUACGUUGGACCAAGACUGGCGGCCAGGUUGAUGAUUGGCUGUAUGGAGAGGUCUCACUUCCUUCAUCUGUAUCCUCUUACCAGGUUGUCUUCGAGGCAACUGCGAAUGGCAAUGAUCGCGGUGACAUAGCCCUUGAUGACAUCAGCAUUCUCAAUGAACCCUGCCAACCCCCAUCUGAUUGGACUAGCUGUGGUUUUGAAAGCAGUUACAUCUGCGGUUUUACUCAGGACCCCACUGAAGACUUUGAUUGGGAUCAUGUUAGCAAAGGAACUGACUCAAUUGGUACUGGCCCAGAUUUUGAUCACACUUAUGGCACUCCAUUUGGAAUGUAUGUUUACAUUGAAACGUCAUCACCUAGAAGACCAUCUGAUGUAGCCAGGCUCAUCAGCGCCCAGCGUCCUGCAGCUACCGAAUGCUGGCAAUUUUGGUUCCACAUGUACGGUUCUAAUGCAGGCACACUCAACGUGUAUGUCAAGGAUUCUUCCGCAUUGGGCUUCCCUGUCUGGUCAAAGUCGGGUGACCAAGGCAACCAGUGGCUCAUUGCUCAGGUGUCGGUAUCCACAGCAUUAUCUUAUGAGCUCGUAUUUGAAGGUGUGGUAGGUGUUAGUUUUGACAGUGACAUUGCUCUUGAUGACCUGGCCAUCACCCAAGGAGCUUGCCCACAGGGUGGAGAAUGUAACUUUGAGAAUGGCUUCUGCACAUGGACUAACGAGGCUGGCCAGGACACCUUUGAUUGGCUCUUGGGACAAGGAAAUACACCAAGUGGAUUCUCCGGUCCAUCUGUAGAUCAUACCUUAGGAACAGCUGCAGGUACUUAUGUAUUUAUUGACUCCUCUGCCAACCAGUUGAAUGACUAUGCAAUUAUGUACAGUCAACAGUUUGAUCCAACCAGCUCAUCAAGUCGCUGCAUGAACUUCUGGUACCAUAUGUCAGGAACUGGAGUUGCUUCCCUCUCUAUCGGUCUUUAUGAUGGCACACUUCCAUCAGCAAUCACCAGAUCUCUGUGGACAUUGUCAGGAGAUCAAGGGAACCAGUGGAAGUUUGGUGCUUUCUCUUUCAAGAGUUCAAUUUCAUAUAAUCUUGUUAUUACUGCAGUACAAGGCACAGUAGGCACAGGUGAUAUAGCAUUGGAUGACUUCAGCUUCUCAGUCGGUACUUGUAGCCUCAGUCCCCCAACAGCAAUUGGUGCACCAUCAACAACAAUAUCACCAACUAUUAACACUGGGCCAACUACACCCUAUGUUCCAUCCUUGUGGGAUUGUACAUUUGACCAAGACUUCUGCACAUGGAGUCAAGCAACAGAUGAUGAAUUUGAUUGGGUUAGAGGACAAGGCCCCACUGGAACUGACCUAACAGGACCACCAAGUGACCAUACCAGUGGAUCAGGAUGGUAUGCCUACAUUGAGGCAAGCAAUCCGCGACAGCCAAACGAUGCUGCCCGCUUGGAAAGCUCAAUUGUCCAAGUGGAUGACGGUCAUUGCCUCCGGUUCUGGUACCACAUGUACGGCACACAUGUCAAGAUACUCAAUGUCUACACAAAGGUAAAUGGAAUUCUAGGAGAUGCCAUAUGGAUGAAGGAAGGAACGAACAUGAAUAAAUGGAUUUACGCAGAAGUGAAUUUAAAACCAGCAGGCGAUUUCAGGAUUGUCUUUGAGGGUGUGCGUGGCACUGAUAAUCGAGGUGACAUGGCAAUCGAUGAUGUACUUGUCAAGGUUGGAAUAUGCUACCCACCACAAGGAGAAUAUUGUGACUUUGAGUUGGAUACACAUAAUUGCGGAUUUACCCAAGACCAGAAUGAUGAUUUUGACUGGCGACGCACUACAGGAUCCAGUGGCACCCCAGGAACCGGGCCAUCGGUAGAUCAUACUUAUGGCACAAUAUAUGGUGGUUACUUCUUUGCCGAUGCCUCUGCACCCCGUAGGCAAGGCGACAAGACUCGCUUGAUAAGCCAGAGCCGAAGUCCGUCUACUGGAACAUGUGUCUCGUUCUAUUACAACAUGUAUGGUACUGACAUGGGCACGAUGAAUGUGUACAUAAAACCGUCUGGCUUAACCGGUCAAAACCGGUUGCUGUGGACCCAGAGUGGUAACCAAGGUGAUUACUGGCACCCUGCACAGGUUACAGCUAGCUAUACCAGCAACUUUCAGGUUGUUUGGGAAGGUGUGAUUGGUUCUGGAAGCAAGGGUGACAUAGCCAUAGAUGAUAUCUCUGUCAAAGAUGGUGCCUGCCCGCCCCCUGGUGAUUGCGACUUUGAAAACGGACUCUGCACUUGGAUGAAUGUGGCCAGUGGUGAUGACUUCGAUUGGUUGAGUGGUCAGGGUGUUAAUGCUGGGACUCUCACUGGGCCAAUCAAUGACCACACUCGGGGAGAUGAACAAGGUUAUUAUAUGUUUAUUGAGAUGUCCAAUCCCAGAAUCCCGGGGGACAAGGCAUGGUUUGUCAGCCAGAACCUUGAGUCUCUAGGAGCCGCUGGUACAUGUAUGACAUUCUGGUUUCACCUGUAUGGCUCCAAUAUGGGCACUCUGAGUGUGUAUGCAGAUGAAGGCUUUGGUAAAGUUCUAUCUUGGCAGUUAUAUUCCGAUUAUGGGAACCAGUGGAUUUCGGCUCAGCUUCCUAUAACAACUUCAAGUACAUUUGUGGUGUACUUUGAAGCGAUUCGUGGUACCAAUCAUCUAGGAGAUAUGGCCAUUGAUGAUGUCACUUUCGUAACUGGUACAUGCUCUGUGCAACCACCUGCAGCUGACCCUAACGCUAAUCCAACAGCGCCACCAGUCACCCAGAGACCAACAACUAAACAUAAAUCCUUUUCAGGCUCAACUCCAGGUACAAUUGUGUUUGAGGGUGUUAUUGGCUCAAGCUACAAUGGUGAUAUGGCUCUGGAUGAUAUAAGAAUAUAUGAUGGACCUUGUCCUGGCUACCAUGCUUGUGACUUUGAAGAUGCUAAUCUUUGUGGGUACACCCAAGAUCAAAACGAUGACUUUGAUUGGACGGUUGGUAGUGGGUCAACCGGUACUACAAACACUGGACCACCUACAGAUAUCACAUAUGGCACGGGAUAUGGAAAAUACCUAUACAUUGAAACUUCCUCUCCUCGAAAAGUUGGUGAUUUAGCCCGCCUGUUUUCAACAACACAUCUUUUUGACUCAAGUAAACCAAAACAGUGCUGGCAUUUCUACUAUCACAUGUAUGGUGUAAAUAUGGGAACUCUAAACUUCGGUUACAAGACUGGAAGCACCAAUCAGAUUCUGUGGAGUAAGUCAGGUGACUUUGGUAACCGUUGGUUACAGGGCGUGGUUGAGAUCUCCAGCAGCGUUGACUACCAGGUGUUCUUGGAGGGCAUUCGUGGAGAUGGCAUGCGUAGUGAUAUCUCCAUUGAUGAAGUUUUCUACAUUGACGGUGAUUGUCCUGCUCCAGGAGAAUGUGAUUUUGAAAAUGGGUAUUGUUUGUAUUCCAAUUCUCUUGAUGAUGACUUUGAUUGGCUGAGAGGUCAAGGUGGAACGACUAGUACUGCUACAGGACCUAAUAAUGACCACACUAAAGGAGAUGCUACUGGCUACUAUAUGUUUAUUGAGACGUCUAACCCGCAGUUGUCUGGGGAGAGUGCCCGCUUGGAAAGUGAGGUCUUUGACCCUACCUCUGGCAAAUGCCUCAGCUUCUAUUAUCAUAUGUUUGGUCUGGAUAUUGGCUCUUUAAACAUCUAUGUAGCUGAAUACAAUGGUACAAAUGAAGUGAAGUCAUGGACAUUGUACGGAGAGCAGAGUGCUGACCAGAACAAAUGGUUGAGUGGCCAGUUCGGCAUUGUAUCACCAUAUAAAUGGAUUAUUAUAUUUGAAGCCGUCAAAGGUCCUGAUUAUCGUGGUGACAUUGCUAUUGACGAUAUUACACUACUGGAUAAUGAUUGCCAAAUUUUACCAGCAAAAGCAGAUCCUGCUCUUUCGAUCAAUAAUGAUAUUGUUUGUGACUUUGAAAUCGGCUUAUGUGGUUGGACGCAGGAAACAACUAAAGAUGACUUUGAUUGGUCGAGAACAAAUUCACAUACACCAUCUACUGGUUCAGGGCCAGGAUCCGAUCACACUACGGGAACAGGAUAUUACUUGUUUACGGAAGCGUCCAGCCCCCGUGUCAAAGGUGACACAGCUUGGCUGUACUCCUCUACUAGAGGCCCAACACCAAAUGACGGCAACUGUUUCAGCUUCUGGUACCACAUGUAUGGCGCAAACGUUGGAAGGUUACAAGUAUUUACUCAAGAGAUAAAUGAUCCCAACAGUCUGACAAAAAGAUUCUUGCGGCGAGGUACACAGGGCAAUCAGUGGCUGUUUGGAGAAAUCACUAUUGUCAGCAGUGUUGACUUCCUAGUGUUGGUUGAGGGUAUCAUUGGCAGUAGUUUCGAAAGCGACAUUGCUAUUGAUGACACUAACUAUACACAAGGCGCCUGUCCACCAUCAAAAAUGUGUGAUUUUGAGUUGGAUAAUUGUGGCUGGACUGAAGAUACAACAGAUGAUUUUGAUUGGACUAGAAAGAAGGGCAGUACUGGGUCUGCUAACACUGGUCCAUCUGUUGACCAUACCACUGGCACUAGUGCUGUCUUUGAAGGUAUUCGUGGGGAUGGAAUUCGAGGUGAUAUAGCUAUUGACGAUAUCUUAAUAAUGUCUGGGAGCUGUCCACCACCUGGCUCCUGUGAUUUUGAGACCAACAAAUGCGCAUGGCAGAAUGAUGUAGUUGAUGAUGAUUUUGAUUGGAUGCGAAGUAAUGGAGGAACACCCAGCGCAUACACUGGACCUUCAGUGGAUCAUACCACAAACACUGCCCUUGGUUUCUACAUGUUCAUCGAAACAUCAGUUGGAGUAAAGGAUGAUAAAGCUCGGCUUGUUAGUGCUCAUUUACCACCAACUGUAGGAUCCUGCUUCUCAUUCUGGUUCCAUAUGUAUGGACAAGGUGUUGGUAUAUUAAAUGUGUACAUGAAAGACUCGACUGGUGUGUACAUCCCUAGGAGCACGUAUUCUGGUGAUAGGGGCGAUGUCUGGCAUCAAGCCACCACAACUAUCAUCACAGCUACGGAGUACCAGCUGGUUAUUGAAGGAUUACACGGGGGAAAUUACACAUCCGAUAUUGCAAUUGAUGACACCAACAUCGCUCAGGGCUCUACCUGCACAGUGGACAUAACAACACCGGCAACAGUGCCUACACCGAUGCCAACCCAGGCUGCAGGACCAAAUGAUUGUAACUUUGAAAAUGGCAACAUUUGUGCCUGGAGCCAGGACCAAAAUGAUGACAUCAAUUGGUCUGUGCGGCAGGGACGCACUGCUAGUGACAACACAGGUCCUACAGCUGACCAUACCAAAGGAAAUAAGGAUGGUUACUAUAUUUAUCUUGAGGCAAGUGGAAAGCAGGUUGAUGAUAAGGCUCGUCUCGACAGUGCUCAGCUGACAUCGACUGCACAAGGAACGUGCUUGCGCUUCUGGUAUCACAUGUAUGGACGACACAUCGGCUCCCUCAAUGUGUAUGCAUCGUCAAGUGUAACCAAUCUGGGCCAAGCCCUAUGGACACGUCAAGGUGAGCAGAGUUAUGAUUGGGUGUUUGGACAGGUCAUGGUAAAUAUCAUUUCUGGUCAAUUUUACAUCAUCUUUGAGGGAGUACGUGGAGAUGAUUUCAUGGGUGACAUCUCACUGGAUGAUAUUCAGGUCUCCGAUGGAGAGUGCCCACCAAGAUCUUUCUGUGAUUUCCAAGACGAUGAUAUUUGUGGCUACACACAAGAUACUCUAGAUGAUUUUAAUUGGUCAAGAGGAAGUGGACGAACUUUGACCAUUCAAACUGGUCCUAGAGCUGACCAUACAUAUGGAACAUCUGAAGGCUACUACAUGUUCACUGACAGACGCUACCUCAUAGUGCAGGAGGGGGAUAAGGCUCGUUUGUACAGUCCAACGUUCAAUCCCCCAGCAAACUACUAUGGCUGUGUUUCAUUCUGGUACCAUAUGAGAGGUGAUGAUAUCGGAUAUCUCAACACAUACCUGAAGAUAAAUGGCGUCCUUGAAAACAACCCAAUUUGGUCGUUCGGCAACAUCCAGACCGAUGACUUCUGGCGUAUUGCACGUCAGAGCGUCUUCUUAACAGAUGUCUUCCAGAUUAUGUUUGAGGGAGUUGCAGGUCGUCAAGAAGAGGGCGACAUUGCAAUUGAUGACGUCCAGUUCUCCAUCGGCAUGUGCAGUGGUUUUGCUGGUUCGUGUACAUUUGAAACGGAUACUUGCGGAUGGACUAACACCGUUACUGGAGAUGAAUUCGAUUGGGUUCGUCAUAGUGGUAGCUCUUACUCAGAUAUGACUGGCCCAUCGUAUGAUCACACCAUUGGUACUCAGAGUGGAUGGUAUAUGUACAUUGAAGCCUCUUUUCCGCGUGACACUGGUGAACGUGCUAGACUCGAGUCUGAAGGGUUUUCGGCAAAUGAACCAAAAUGUUUCCAGUUCUGGUAUCAUAUGUAUGGCAGCUCCACCGGGACACUCAACCUUUACUCGGUUUCAGAGACUCAGACGAAGACACUCUGGACAUUGUCAGGUGAUCAGGGUGACCAGUGGACGUUUGCUAUGGUUACAAUUAAUCCAUCUAAGUACUAUCAGCUUGUAUUUGAAGCAGUCGUUGGCGCAGACCAUCUCGGCGAUAUUGCCCUUGAUGACCUUGAUUCAAUUGAUGGAUCAUGUAUCACGAUAAACCCAACGCCAACCGGGCCUGGGGGUAAUUUUGACUGCGGCGAUGGAACUUAUAUACCUAUGAGUCAGAAGUGUGAUUUUGUACGAGAAUGCAGCGUGAACAACGAUGAAGUUGAUUGUGGGCCUUGUGAUUUUGAGAGGGGUCAGUGUGACUAUGUGGACAUCAGCACUGGUCCAUUCAAGUGGUACCGUCGCUCAAACGCUACCGAUACCCCUGCAACUGGCCCAGGAUCCGACCACACCAAUUUAUUUGGCGACGGCUACUACAUGGUUGUAGAGGCCAACCAGGGCCAGUACAAUAGCUUCGCUGAGCUCCAGGGCCCUCAGCUUCAGCAGACCGGAUCAAGUUGUGAGGUUGUUUUCUGGUAUCACAUGCUUGGAGCUGACAUUGGCACACUAAUAUUGUCAUUCAAUGCGAACAACGAGAGAACCAGAGUCUUUGAGCUGUCUGGCAACCAAGGCGAUAACUGGCAGCGAGCCAGAGUAGGAAUAGGAAGGCGGACAUCACCAUUCCAGCUGUCAUUCGAAGCCAUCAGAAGCUUCAACCACGUUGGUGACAUUGCCAUCGAUGACAUAGAUGUUAACAACUGUGCAUUGCCUUCACGCCAGCCUCAGUGUUCUGAUGGUCAGUUCCGCUGCUCUAAUGGUGCAUGUGUUAAUGGCGCAUUCUUGUGUGAUCUAACAGAUGACUGUGGAGACUAUUCUGAUGAAAUGCAGUGUAACACAUACUUAACGUGUGACUUUGAGAACAGUCUUUGUGAUUGGUCGCAACUCAGAAACGAUGACUUUGACUUUACACACACCUCGUCUGCACUGUCAUCUAAUGCUGCUGCUCCAAGCCGUGACCAUUCCCGCGGUACAAGUGCGGGCUACUAUCUUUACAUUGACCAGAGAUCCCCACGCCAGAAGGGUGACAAAGCACGAAUUGGAAGUCCAAACUUUGAUAGCAGUUCAAAGGGAUGCUUUAUGCGCAUGUACUACCACAUGUGGGGUACUGAUGUCGGUAGCUUGAAUGUCUAUACAACUUCUUUUCGAGGAGGACCGCUGAACCUCGUCUGGUCACGUUCAGGGGCUGGAGGAGAUUACUACGAUCGUGCAGAAAUUGAACUCAUCGAAUUUGACAACUAUCGAGUCAUAAUAGAAGCUACCGUUGGGAAUGGGGAUGAUGGUGCCAUUGGUGUUGAUGACGUCAGCUUCCUGCCGGAAUGUAUUCCGUAUACCAGUAAUCUUCCCAUUGGAACUACACCGAUUCCUGUGCCAAAUCCUUGCAACGACAAUUUCUUCAAUUGUGGGGAUGGUGCGACCUGCCUCCCGAUAGAUCGAGUGUGUGACUUCUGGGUUGAUUGCUCAACUGGAUAUGAUGAAUUGAAUUGUGGUAAUUGUGAGUUUGAUAAUGCCGAUCUUUGUGGUGGAAGAGAUAACAGCAGAGGGCAGUUUGUGUGGAGGAGAGAAAAAGGUGGAAACAAGCCAAACCAACCUUCCUACGAUCAUCACAACGAUCAAAAUGAUCCUGGUUUUUAUCUGGCUGUGGAAGGUACGAAUUCGCAGUUCUACAGCGCUGCGUACUUUGACACGCCAACGCUGGGAUACAUCGGUAAAGCUUGCCAGGUUGAGUUUUACUAUCACAUGAGAGGCAGCGACACCGGUGAACUUGCUCUGUGGGUUCAAAGUGCAACCAACAUCUUUGACAACUACAAAGUUUUCUCUAUAUUCAACGCUAAGGGUAAUAAGUGGGUGCAAGGAGUAGUUGCAGUAGGGGAACACCCUCCAGGUUACUAUCUUGAGUUUGAGGCGGAUCCAGAUUUCGGUGUUGGUUCUGUUACCACGGAUGUCGCCAUUGAUGGUAUCUCAUACCAUAACUGUCAUAUUUCCAAUUUCCCUGGUAGCGAUGAAAUGGAUUGUACCUUUGAAAAUGAUCUUUGCGGUUGGUAUCAAUUAACUAGCGAUGAUUUUGAUUGGACAAGGACUAACAGUCAAACCCCUUCAACAACCACAGGGCCUGGUUUUGAUCACACUUUAGGAAACGGUUACUACUUGUAUAUUGAAACAUCAUCGCCAACCCUUCCCGGCUACAAGGCUCGUCUCACCUCCCAUCCACAAGUUGGCUACACCGGUUCCAAGAAAGGCUGCUUUAGCUUCUGGUAUCACAUGUUUGGUUUGUCUAUUGACACUCUCAACGUAUACCUAAAACAUGCCAGCAUUGAAACAAAGAUAUGGACAAGGUACCAGACACAAGGGAAUCAGUGGCUCAAGGCUGAAUUGACCAUCGACAGUAAGAAAAAGAGUUGGCAGAUUGUCUUUGAAGCAAUCAGAGGCGAAACCUUUACUGGUGAUAUUGCUAUUGACGACACAUUCCUUGAUGUUGGACCUUGCGAAGCAACAAAGGAAUGCAACUUUGAGACCGGUUUCUGUGACUGGAAACAAGAUAGCACAGAUGACUUCAACUGGAAAAUUGGAAACAAUGGCACAUCCUCACAGGGCACUGGACCACCAGUUGAUCACACCAUGGGCACAGAAACUGGAAGGUAUGCAUACAUUGAAACAUCAUCACCACGUGUACAGGGGCAAGUUGCACGUAUCCUUAGUCCCUUGUACGACGACACCUUUGGAGAGUGCAUGCGGUUCUGGUUCCAUAUGUACGGUAGUGGUAUUGGUGCUCUGCGUGUCCGAGGUUUGGAUUCUAUCACCAACAUUUACACUAAUUUCUUCGUAGAAGACAAAUACAAUGAGAAUGCGUGGCGUUUUGCGCAAACAACGAUCAAAGUUGGACAUCCAUAUUAUGUAGUGAUUGAGGGUGAAGUGGGUUCUAACUACCAGGGUGACAUCGCAGUGGAUGAUAUCUCAAUCAUACCAGGAACAUGUGGAAGAAACGGUUUCUGUGACUUUGAGAUUGACAAGUGUGGCUGGACCAAUGAGCCUACUCUGGAUAGUUUUGAUUGGCUGAGGAAUGCUGGUAACACCCCAAGUGCUUACACAGGACCAAGCAAAGAUCACACCAGUGGAACAAAAUAUGGUUACUACAUGUUUGUGGAGAUGAGUACCGGAAACUUGGGUGUAGGCGAUAAUGCAAUGUUUGUUUCAGAACACCUACCAGCUACAAAUGAUGCUUGUUUGUACUUUUGGUACCACAUGUAUGGCCAAGGAACUGGAGAUUUGAAUGUAUAUAUCAAGGAUGACCAAGGCAACUUGAAAUUAACCUGGACUCUGUCAGGUAACCAAGGCGACACAUGGUUCCAGGGUAUUACUAAUAUCGUUGCAAAUACAGAAUUCCAGAUUGUCUUUGAAGCAACAUAUGGCUCGAAUUAUGACGGUGACAUUGCAUUAGAUGACUUGGAUAUUGAGGCUGUUGGUUGCCCCGGGCAAGGAAUACAGACGACACUGUCCCCUGCUCUCUCAAUGGAUUGUACAUUUGAGAGUAGUAUGUGCGGUUACACACAACUAAAAGAUGAUGACUUUAACUGGACAAGACUGAAAGGGUCCACUUCUAGUACUGAUACAGGACCUUCAACUGACCAUACAAUAGGAACUGGAUAUUACAUCUACAUCGAAGCAUCUAGUCCACGCGUUGCAGGUGACAGGGCCCGCAUUAUGACCACAAGACAGAACCCUACUUCCACCGGACAAUGCGUACAAUUCUGGUAUCACAUGUACGGCCCUCAUGUUGACCGUUUGAAUGUUUACUUGAGAGUGGGUUCGGCCGAUCAGCUGAUAUUCACAAAAUUUGGUACACAGGGUAACGUCUGGUUAAAGGCUGAGAAAACCAUCACAAGUGAUGAUAUGUGGAGUGUGAUAUUUGAUGGAAGGGUUGGUACAAGCUAUGCAGGUGAUAUUGCCAUUGAUGAUGUCUUCCUCUUUGACGGACCAUGCACAGCUAUGCGUGAGUGCGACUUUGAGAUGGACUUCUGUGAUUGGACACAAGAGAAGAGUGCAGAUGACUUUAACUGGUCUCGUGGUAAGGGUGGUACACCAUCUGCGGGCACUGGGCCAACUAAGGAUCAUUCAACCGGAACAGCAGCAGGUUACUAUGCAUACAUUGAGACAUCAUCUCCCAGAGUUGCCGGUGACACUGCACGUAUCCUUAGCCCAACGUAUCCUGAUACUACAGCAGAAUGCCUCAGGAUGUGGUACCACAUGUAUGGCUCUGGCAUUGGCACCAUGACCGUCCUCUCUAAGGAUCUUGUUAACAAUAUUGAAACUUCGCUUUGGUCCAAGACAGGUGAUCUGAAUGAUCAAUGGCGCUUUACUCAGAUAUCUGUGUCGGCCUCCCAUCAGUACAAGAUAAUCGUUGAGGGAGUAGUGGGAUCAAAUUAUCAAGGUGACAUUGCUAUCGAUGAUGUAGAGUUGACCACUGGGUCAUGUGGACGUCCAGGUUUUUGCAACUUUGAAGAAGAUAUGUGUGCUUGGUCCAAUACUGUCAACGAUGAUUGGGAUUGGCUGCGAGCAAAUGGGAAUACCCCAAGUUCUUAUACUGGCCCAACUACAGAUCAUACUACCAAUUCUGACCAAGGAUUCUACAUAUUCUUUGAGACCUCGUUCAGUGGCAUGACAACUGGUGAUACGGCUCAGCUGUUCAGCCAAUAUCUUGACUCCACCAGUGUAUCAUGCGUCAGUUUCUGGUAUCAUAUGUACGGCUCCGGCAUUGGCUCAUUAAAUAUUUACUCCCAGGAUGACACACGGAUGAGAAAUCCGCUCUGGACUCGCUCCGGAGAUCAAGGCAACGUAUGGAUUAAUGGAAACUUGGAGGUUAUCAGUCCAAGGGAAUAUCAGAUUAUAUUCGAAGCCACCUAUGGGGGCACAUACACAGGUGAUAUUGCUUUGGAUGAUCUUGACAUUGAAAUAGGCACCUGUCUAAGUCUGAUUGUACCAACUACCAAGCCACCAACACAGCCUCCAAUACCUACUCAUACUCCUGGUAUAUAUGACUGUACCUUUGAAACCGGUAUUUGUAGCAACUGGCAACAGGAUAAAUCCACCGAUAACUUUGAUUGGACAAGAAUUCAGGGUUCUACGGCUUCAGUAGACACUGGCCCAAAAUUUGACCACACUACCUUAAGUUCCAGCGGAUAUUACAUUUACAUCGAGUCAAGUGGGCGGAGUAAUAACGACAAGGCAAGACUGAUAUCAGUGAGCAUUAACACCGCUCAGUACGGCAUGUGCAUCAGUUGGUGGUAUCACAUGUACGGAGCCCAUAUCAAGACACUGAAUGUCUACAGGAAAGACGCAGGCAGCAGCGCUCUUGCACUUGAAUGGCAGCGCACAGGAAACCAAGGUUAUGAUUGGAAAUUUGCACAGGUGUACAUGAAUGGAUCAUUCUCAGUUGUCUUUGAAGGUGUAGUAGGGUCAAGCUAUCAAGGUGACAUCUCUUUGGACGACAUCUUCCUCUCUGAUGGCGACUGUCCACCACUUACUUCUUGUGAUUUUGAACAUGGUAAAGAUAUUUGCGGGUACACUCAAAAUUCAAAUGAUGAUUUUGAUUGGACACUUGCAAGCGGCGCAACUGGUAGUUCCGGAACCGGUCCAUCCAACGACCACACUUAUGGUACAUCAGCCGGACACUACAUGUACAUCGAGUCAUCCUCACCUCGAAAGUUUGGUGAUACAGCCAUUUUGACAUCGGCUGAAUACCCAGCCACGUAUGGUCAGUGUCUACGUUUCUGGUAUCACAUGACCGGGGAUAAUAUGGGUGCACUCAAUGUCUACGCUGAAAUGCUUGGUGAUCAAGGAACCGCGGUCUGGUCCAGGAAUUUUGAAAGUCCAGAUUUAUGGAGACUGACAGAAGUUAGCGUAGUUGCUCAAUACCCCUACAGGGUUGUUUUUGAGGGUAUCGUAGGCAACGGGUGGUCAGGUGAUAUUGCCAUUGAUGAUAUCUACAUCAAGAAUGGGCUUUGCAACCAGCCUGGUACAUGUGACUUUGAGACAGACAUGUGUACUUACUUUAAUGUUCCUUUUGAUGAUUUUGAUUGGUUGAGGAACAGCGGACAGACAGGUAGUGCUUCGACUGGACCACCAAAUGAUCACACGCUUGGAACAUCCUUUGGCUACUAUGUAUUCAUCGAGGCAUCCGCCCCACGAGUACAAGGGGAGAAGGCGUGGCUCAUCUCAGAGACUUUCGACGUUAAUCAGGAUUAUUGUUUAUCAUUCUGGUACCACAUGUACGGCAGCGAUGCCGGUACAUUCAACGUUUACCUACAGAAGUCCAUCAUUGACCCGUCUGGCUGGGAACUGAAGUGGACACUCACUGGUGACCAGGGAAACUAUUGGCAACAUGCUCUUGUAGAUGUGAUGAGCACAACAACAGUGUUUGAGGUUGUAUUUGAAGGUAUUGUUGGCAGAAGUUACCUAGGUGAUCUGGCGAUUGAUGAUACACAGUUGUACAUGGGUACGUGUGGGGCGCCCACCGACCCCCCUCCGUGUGCCUUCGCAUGUAACAACGGUGACUGCUUGACGAAUAUAAAACUGGUCUGUAAUUUUGUCGAUGAUUGUAAUGAUGGAAGUGAUGAAAUUAAUUGUGGUACUUGUACAUUUGAAGGUGGCAAGUGUGGUUGGAAAACAAUCACCUCAGGCUCUUUCAAAUGGGUUUUGGGACAAGGUGCAACCCCCUCCUCUAAUACUGGACCAUCCAGAGAUCAUACACUUGGAAGUCCAAAUGGCCACUACAUGUAUGUUGAUGCCAGCUCCGGCUCCAGCUACUCCAUGGCUGUCCUUCAGACUGUGCAGAUGUAUGAUGCCUCUUCAACGUGUAUGCUGGACUUUUGGUUCCAUAUGUAUGGCUCAGAUAUUGGAGAUCUUGGAGUGUACGUUUCAAGUAAAAACAUAAAGACCCUAUUGGUUCUACUGACAGAGGAUGAAGGCGAUCAGUGGAUGAAUAUGCAGCUGGGCAUUGGCAGAAUGAAAUCUAAUUUCCGGAUUAUCUUUGAGGCUAAAAGAUCUUACACAACCCUUGGUGACAUUGCUAUUGAUGAUGUGAGCUUCAAAAACUGUAACCUUCCACCAAUUCAAACCAACUGUGGGGCAGGUCAAACACAGUGUGCUCGAGGUAGCUGUGUCAAUAAUGACCGUCUCUGUGACUUGACCGAUGACUGUGGUGACAACACUGAUGAGACAUCUUGUUCAAACUAUGAGACAUGUAACUUUGAAUGGGGAUUUUGCAAGUGGAGACAGUUGGUUAAUGAUGAGCUUGACUGGUACCAGUACAGCGGCAUAACGAAUACCCCCUACACAGGGCCUACCCGUGACCAUACCACAGGCCUAGAGACUGGAAAAUACCUCUACUUGGAAACGUCUUCUCCUCGGCAGAAGGGAGAUCGAGCUAGGCUAGGCAGCAAGGCCAUUAGCUCCACUAACUCUGGCAACUGCAUGCUCCGAUUUUAUUACCACAUGUAUGGAGAGAAUAUAGGAACACUGAGUGUUUACACUCGCACCGCCAAAAAUGGGCCUCUUUCUUUGGAAUGGUCUAAAUCAGGGAACAUUGGCGAUUACUUUGAACGCGGAGAAGUGGUGCUAACCAAUUCACAGGCAUUUGAGGUUAUAAUCGAAGCAACGGUGGGUGAUGGUAUACGAGGUGAUAUUGCUAUUGAUGAUACAUCAUUUACCAGCUCUUGCCAGUGGUCUAGCAGUAAUUUGCCUACUGUACCAACCGAUAGUCCAACGACAUCCGUAGCAACAACACCAUCUUGUGGUGCUGGUCAGUUUACUUGUAAAGAUAAUACCUGUAUAGACGAGAAUAAGAGAUGUGAUGCUAUAAACGAUUGUUCUGAUGGCUCAGAUGAAAGUGAUUGUGGUUCAUGUACAUUUGAAUCUGGACAAUGUGGAUGGACUGGUCUUAGCAAUGGACGAUACAAGUGGGAGCGACAUACAAGCAACUCGGCGACUGGUCUCUACAACCCACCAAAUGAUCACACUACAGGAACUGCUGCUGGGUGGUACAUGUAUGUAGACAGUACAACAGGCUCAUUCUUGACAACUGCCAUUUUGAUCAGUCCUGAUUUAGGUGAUACAGGACCAAGGUGUUCAAUGGACUUCUGGUAUCAUAUGCGUGGAAGCAAUGUCGGUACACUCACUGCCGUUGUUUAUGAGGGCAUUAUCCCACGAUCUUUAGUGACAAGAGUAGGAGACCAAGGCAACCAGUGGAACAAAGCAACUCUAACUGUUGGACAGAGAACUGCUGGAAACUAUGUGAUUCGGUUUGAGGCAACCCCAGGGAGUGACUUCACCAACACCUCCGCAUUGACUGACAUGGCCAUUGAUGAUGUUGAAUUCAGUAACUGUAUUGGCUUUCAAUCAGAUCUAAGCUGUACUUUUGAAGGUACUGGGAAUGGAAACAUCUGCGGAUGGAAGCAGGACGCGACUGACGACUUCAACUGGACUCUUCUAAAAGGAAGCACUGGUUCUACCUACACUGGUCCACAGUUUGACCACACCACUGGCACAGGCUAUUAUGUGUACAUUGAGACAUCAUCACCCAGGGUUGCAGGGCAGAAAGCCAGGCUUACGUCUGGAGAUCUUGCAGCCACUUCUACCAACUUCUGCAUGGAGUUUUGGUAUCAUAUGUUUGGCCCAGAUGUUGCUAAUCUUAACCUUAUUCAGAAGGUUGCUGGUGUUAAGAAUCUGAUAUGGACCAAGACUGGAACUCAAUCAAAUCAGUGGUUGGUGGCCCAAGAGACCAUCUCUAGUGGUUCUAACUAUGAAUUGAUCUUUGAGGCGUACGUUGGCAAAUCAUUCGGUGGCGACAUCGCUCUGGAUGACAUUUUAUACACAGCAGGAGACUGUCCACCAUCACCUAUGUGUGACUUUGAGGCUGACAUGUGUGAAUGGACCAACUCUAAAGAUGACACUAUUGGUUUUGACUGGAGUCGUGGCUCUGACGGUACACCAUCAGUUGGUACUGGUCCAGAAGUUGAUCAUACAUACGGUACAAAUAAAGGUCACUAUGCUUUUGUGGAAACAUCUUCUCCACGAAUUGAAGGUGAUCGAGCACGCCUGGAAAGUCCAGAAUAUGAUGCCGGUAGAAGUGAUGAGUGCCUAACCUUCUGGUUCCACAUGUGGGGUAGACAUAUUGGUCAGUUGAAUGUAUACCAAUGGAAUACAGGAGACAUAUUUGUGUACCCAUCGUGGAGUAGGGUUGAGGACCAGGGCAACAUGUGGCGCAGAGCUAAGGUUACUAUUUAUGGCUCAGUGAAGAAUUACAAGAUUGUCUUUGAAGCUGUAACUGGUGAGAGUUAUGAGGGAGACAUUGCAGUGGAUGAUAUUGAAAUCUUGGAUGGAGCUUGCCCUACAGAUGGCUUCUGCGACUUUGAAACCGACACUUGUGGUUGGACAAACGACUUUGUUAAUGAUGAUUUUGAUUGGCUUAGGGAUACAGGUGGCACCCCCAGCAGUUACACUGGGCCAUCUGCUGAUCAUACUCUAGGAAAUGGACUUGGUUUUUAUGUUUUCAUUGAGACUUCAAGCCCUCAAUAUCUCAAUGAUAAAGCAUGGUUGGUGAGUGAACACCUGAAUCCAACUGCAGGAAGUUGCCUCAAUUUCUGGUUCCACAUGUAUGGCACAGGAAUCGGUGCUCUUAACAUCUACACCCAGGUAUAUGAAUCCGCACCACAGCUUAUUUGGACAAGGAGCGAUAAUUAUGGCAAUGUCUGGAUCAAUUCUAAGACUACAUUGACAUCAAGUGAUGAAUUCUGGGUUAUAUUUGAAGGAGUUCGUGGUGUAAAUUAUGAAAGUGACAUUGCAUUAGAUGACAUUGAGAUUAGGAAUGGUUUGUGUACUAUCACAAUUGCCCCGCCAACGACACCUGUCCGGCCAACUUACCCUGCUGACUACCAUGAUUGUGACUUUGAGGCUAAUAUCUGCCAAUGGACCCAGGACCGGAACGAUGAUUUUGAUUGGCUAAGAAGAACAGGCAAGACAUCAUCAGUUGGCACUGGUCCAACUUAUGAUCACACCAAGGGAGAUUCAUCUGGUUGGUAUCUAUUUAUCGAAACAUCUGACCCACGACAACCGAAUGAUACAGCACGACUUUUGAGUCAACAAUUCGGCAAUGGUGCGAAUGGUGUCUGCAUGAACUUCUGGUACUACAUGCAUGGACCUCAUGUGGAUGAUCUUACCAUCUCAAAGGCUAUUGGCAGUACUGAGACUGUCCUGUGGAAACAUACGGGAACUUUUGGACCUCAGUGGAACUAUGGACAAAUCCACAUUGUUGAGCCUAGUGUCUUCUCUGUACGUUGA